AUGUCCGAGAACACCCCGAUCGACCAGUUAGCGGACGCCGCUGAUCGUAUUUUCUCUCAACUGGAUCAUCAAACAACGCCAGUACACAGCGCUGAAGCAACUAGUGACCACAAGUCCUUAGAAAAAACAGUGGAAGAUUUACAGCGCCAAGUUAGAGAUUUGACAUUACCUCUAAAAGCCAUGGUCGAAGCCGGUUCCCUUCCCGCCGGCGUUUCAGGAGUCGACCACGCUCGUCCAGUCGAAACAAGGAUGCCACUUCUACUAUGUGUUAUUACCACCGCCGAUUUGGGUCUGCAGCACAUUACUGCACCAAGCCGUGUACCUUACCAGGACCUCCUGCGUCCUGCUGGAUCUAUUGAUUCAACUAAACAUCAAACGCAGCAUUUUAUUAAGACCACGGGUCAACCUGUUUUUGCCCGUCCUCGUCGUUUAGCACCUAACAAAUUAAAAUUCGCAAAGAAAGCUUUCGACGACAUGCUACGAGAGGGUGUUAUUCGUCCGUCCGACAGCCCCUACGCUUCCCCUCUUCAUUCGACUUGCGCCUUAAAAUGGCAAACUUGUGUUAUACACCACCGCGGCACUGCCCGAGUGAUAUAUAUUUACCGCACCAGCUCCAGGACUGCGAGUUUGUAUUUGUUCGUAACGACUCUGUUAAGCGGCCUCUUACGCCGGCCUACAGGCCCAUACCGCGUUCUUAAACGCGCGGACAAAUAUUUCCAAAUACAAAAAGGUAUUCACACCGACAACGUUUCGAUAGAUCGGUUGAAACCUGCUUUUAUAGAGAAAUCGUCGUCCCAUACUACUUCCCAAUCAACUCCGCAAGUUCAGGAGAAUUUGAAGACACCUGUUUCUCUCGACAAGCCUAACUCUUGUACUCCUUCUGAUAUUUUCCUCAAACUGCUCUCUUUCUCUCUCUCCUGUGUUUCUUUCCCUGGAAGACCUGGACCUGUCCCGGUCUAG